AAGAAGAAGAAGUAAUAAUAAUAAUCAGAAUCAUAGUAGCAGCAGUAGUAGUAGUAGUAGUAGAGUAGCAGCAGCAGCAGCAGCAGCAGCAGCAGCAGCAGCAGCAGCAGCAGUAGUGGUUGUUCGGCCGAUGUUUUGGAGCUUGAUAAGCACAUUUAAGUACAAUGACUCGCCAUGGAAAGAACUGUACGGCCGGAGCUGUCUACACAUACCACGAGAAAAAGAAAGAUACAGCGGCGUCUGGUUAUGGAACACAGAGCAUUCGACUAGGCAAAGAUGCGAUCAAAGACUUUGACUGCUGCUGCCUGUCCCUGCAGCCCUGUCAGGAUCCUGUGGUGACUCCAGAUGGUUUCUUAUAUGAAAAACAGGCCAUUCUUGAAUAUAUUUUGCACCAGAAGACAGAAACUGCCAAAAAAAUGAAGGCUUAUGAGAAGCAGAAGCAAGCACAGAAGAGCAACAGCCGACUUGAGUCCAAGUCAGUGGAAAGAGAAAGGGUGGAGAGGUUUAAAACCAGAGAGAACAGCAUUGUGUCCAAACCCAUCAACCCAUUCACAUCUGGGCAGAACAUAGGAAGUGAGAAGGGCAGGACAGACAGCAGCUCAAAGGGCAGGACAGACAGCAGCUCAGCUGAAUCCUCCACUGCUGCUUCAGCUGCCACUUCCAGCCAGAGCCUGCCCUGUUUUUGGGUUCCCUCUCUGACACCAGUGUCCAAGCCCACCUUACUCAAGAAACCAAGCAAGUCUGUGUUAUGUCCCAUGUCAGGACGGCCCAUUAAGAUGAAUGAGCUUGUCACAGUGCGCUUCACCAGGCUGGACUCCAGCCUGGACCGAGUGGCCCUGCUCACCCGCCAGGACAGGUAUGUGUGUGCGGUAACCAGAGACGUCCUGGGCAACAGUGUUCCCUGUGCUGUUCUGCGACCCUCGGGUACUGUGGUGACUCAGGAGUGUGUGGAGAAGUUGAUCAAGAAGGAUAUGUUGGACCCUGUGAAUGGAGAUAAACUGUCCGACAGAGACAUCAUCCCGCUGCAGAGGGGAGGAACCGGCUUCGCUGCCUCGGGGGUUGACCUCCGUGCCAAAGAGGCUCGUCCAGUGAUGCAAGUUUGAGAGUGAGGGCAAUGAUUCUAUGUGCACCCUCAUUACUGAGUGUUAAAGGGUGAUAUAUUUUUGUGAUGGACUCCUUCUUCCAGUGUGUCAACAACUUUAACUUGUUUUGAUAGCCAUUGUUGUUUUCUGGCUUAUUUUUCUUGUUCCUGUAGGUGAUUUUUCUUCCAUCACAGAUGAUUAAAUAAUGGAUUCCCAAUUCCCUCCUGAAUUAGUUUAUUUUAAAGAAGUGGAUUUUGCGUUUGUGUUUAUAUAAGACAGAAUUAUUCCAUUCAUUCUACAGAACUGAUCAUUGGCAGAAGAUUUUCUCCUCUAAAGCUGUUGGUUAUAAACCUUCCUUUAUGUCCUGAUGAUGAGAUGUUAGUUUAAGCUGCUCAGCUGUCAAAUCUGAUGUUCAGGGCCAUGCCAGUGAUUACUUCAUGUUUCAGGCACUAGUUCCCAUUAAAGUGAAUAUUAGUCAUU